UUCUGUCUCUGCUUGACUGAAGCCAUCCUGAUCUUCUCGCCAGACAGCUCCCUCUUCUACUUCUGCUCCCACAAGGUCAAAGUACAACUGCAUUGGACUGCACAGAUGCUAGCACUCGUGGCUGCAACAGUGGGCUUGGCCUUCAUUAUCUCUAGCAAGAAUCGAAGUGAACUCCCACACUUUGUCUCCUGGCACAGCUGUCUAGGUCUUCUGACACUUCUGGCCAUGUGUGGACAGAUCUUAUGUGGACUGUGCCUGCGGUUUCCACGGCAGCUGAAGUUCUUCUCUGUGGCCCAGCUUCAACUGUAUCACCUGAUGUAUGGACUGGUGGUUUACCUGUCAGCCACUUUCACUGUGGUACUGGGCAUUUAUUCUGACUGGUUUCAGGCCCAGGUCAAAGGGGCAGCCUGGUAUUUCUGCCUGGUCCUACCCUUCUGUCCAGCCUUGGUCAUUAUGAAUCAAACUAUUAGAACUCAUGUGCCAAAAAAGAGAGAGUGUAUUUGA